UGGAAUUUGUUUUUGGAAUUCUGGCAAUACCAAUUAUUCCGGAAAAACGAUGUGUUUCAGCGACGCUUUCUCGAUAAUAAUUAGUUUUGUUUGAUCGUUACACGCCAAAUCUGGUGAUAUUUGGUUCGUACAGUGUUAUUUUACAGUGUGUGUGGAUUUUUAUCAUCAAGCAUAAAUCAUGAGCCAGAAGGUGUCCCGCAAAACAGCGGUCAGUGAAGAAAAAGAAAAGAGCAAUAGUCCAGUUAAAGAAAUGAAAAAGAAAAUGGCAGCGAACGCCGAAAAAGAAAAACAGGCUGCCGAAAAGGUAACGGACAAACCUGCAGACAAAACAGAGAAACCCGUAGAGAAGGUUGCAGAGAAACCAGCGGAAAAACCGGAGAAGAAUGAUAAUAAGCCUGAUAAAGGUGGUGACAAGAAAGCAGAGAAACAAGAUAAAGCAGUAGAUAAGAAAGCUGCUGAGAAACCAGACAAGAGUGCAGAUAAGAAGCAGAGUAAAGAAGAAGUUAAGAAGAAUGAACCACAGCCUGAGAAGAGUAAAGCAGAUGCCAGCAAAGAGGAUAAAACUGCAAAGCCAGCAGAAAAAUCGGACGCCAAAAAGCCAGAACCUACUAAGACAAAACAGAACGGGCGGGGCCUAGCUCACAAUGGCGUUUCAGACGUCACACUGGGUACGAACGGGACCGAUGACGUUCUCAACGGAACGGUGAGUGCGGACUCGGAGGACGAUGACGUAAUGCUCGUCAUUGAUGACAACGACCAAGACGAUUUGUUCCCGGAGCUGACAUACGAAGAUACGUCUGACGGGGAUUGUUUCGAACUGCCGACGCCGGAGAACGGCCCCAGUAGGAGUCUCACGCGCCGAUCGCAGGUGAAAGCGACGCGAACCCCCGAGACUCCCCGCCCCGCGUCCGACAAGCCGGACAAGGAAGCGGACGAACCCAAAGACAAACUGUUGAAACUCAAAGAGGACACAGCACCACCCACAGACCGCCGCCUUCGUUCUUCCAAUUCGCCUAAACCCCAGGAGGGUAAGAAGCCAGACCCCAAGAAGGACUCCCCGAAGAAAUCCCAGGAUGGACUGGAGAAGGUGGAUGAGAAAGAUGAGGAUGCUGCGAAAGAGGAUAAGGAGAAGGAUGAUGUGGUGGAAGUUACGCUUGAAGUGCCUUCUAAUGAGGGCGAGGAGUCCCGCAAGCCGGACACGAACUUCUCCAAGUCCCGCGUCAAGGUGUCGCCCUACCGCCGCAGCAUGAGGCUUGCUGACCAGACCAACACCUCGCUGCAGGCUAAUUAUACUGGCAACAACACAACAAUGGAGAUGGACAUAACGGAGACAUCCUCAUUCCUCGAAGACGCUCCUCUAGACGACAGCUCGUACCUGCGCGGGCUCCGCAGCAUCCGCGGCCGCUCGUCCUACAAGCAGCUCAAGGAGAUCACUCUCAAACACGUCGCGGCUAACAGGAGUGUGCGGUCCAAUGCUGGCGCUAGUGUAACAUCCCCCCUGUCAGACGCCACCUCCCGCCCCACAGGCACAGUAGUAGGACGCAAGCGCAAGCCGGAACACGAUGACGUAGAACAAGCCACCGAGGCCACCGAGCACGGCGCCAGCAAGCGCAUGCGAGUGCUGGACAGGCUGGCGCAGCCCUUCCGCAGGGCCACUGUGCAGAGACGGAAUGCUCCGAUCGUAGGCAUCAACACAGACUUACCUCUCUGCGCUCCAGUAGCAUCCCCCGAGCCCUUCGACCCCGAGUGCCUCAAGGCGUCAACUUCCACCCCCGCCGCCCCCGCCCCCGCCCCCACCGACCCCAUCGCCGUGCCGCUGGCCUCCACGCAGGACAACAAGCGCUGUGUCAUCAUGUAAGGGGGAGGUAUGUUACAUCUGGCUUUGGAUAGCUAUAUAUGAGAAGUAUACUGAGGUUUUAUCUGAUCUGUGGAUUUCAAUAACGUAUCUACCUGUUGGUUUGCUUACUAAAGAUUGAAUUGUACUAUUUACAAAACACUACUACUACUCACUCAGCUGGUACUCGGCUGCAUUCGGUUAAACUGGAAGACGACCAUAAUGUAGUUGGCAAAAGGCUAGGUAGAUGUCAAGUUAUAUAUGUCAAAUGCCUGUCUAGUAGGCAGGCAAAUCAACAAUAAGACAAUUUAAAGAACUUCUUCACGAGUCUACUUUAUCAAUAUCAGAGCGAUGUGGUAAAGAUUCGCCGGUGAACUUUAUGAAAGCUCAAACUACAGUUUCACUCAUGAAUGCAAUCUACAGAAUAUCUACCUGAGAAAAUAUUCAAGUUUUACGUAAGCCAGAUAAUAAUGCCUUAGAGGGGAUAUAUGAAGAGAAUUUUAUCAAAGUAAGAAGUUGUAUCAUAGAGGACUCGUUUGCGAAGAUAUGAAGUGACAAAUAUUUUGCAUUUUAUGCACUCAGUUACGUACAAAGACGUAUUUAAAGAUAGUAAAUAGACUAUCUAAAUAUAGCUUAAAUGUAUUAUUUAUAAUACUAUUGCUUAAUAAAUCUAUUCCUCACUAUUUAACAUGUUUGAAAUGAAGUUUGGAUCUUGAUUUGUUAAGUAAAUGUGUAUUAUGAAUAAACACUGAAGCUUAGAUAAGUUUUAUAACAAGUGUGUGAGAAAUAUUUGUACCCUUAUAUCAAACAAUGAGUGUUUUCUCCUUAUAAACGGCAUAGGGUCACUUCGACGCUAAAAGCCGUCGUCCGAUUUGUAAGUAUUGUUCUUGGAGUCUGUUUUGUGCUAUAAUUUAUAAAAAAAAAAUAUCUACAAAUUAGUCUAAAUCAUGGUUGUAAGAGUGUACGAAAUUAGAUCAAUUUUAUCAAUCACCUGAUUUCUCUCAAUUGUGUUUAUGUAAUAAUCACAAACCUACCGGCAAUUUGAUUGUGUUGAUGUAUUAUAUUUUAAUAAUCAAAAUCAGAGUGAAAUGUACCUUUCUGUAGCUAGGUACACAAUUCUCUUUUUGAGAGAUCGGAAUCGGUCAGUCAUUUGUUGGCUUAACAAGUUCUACUAUAAAUUCAAUUAUUAUAUAAUUUGAAAGACUUUCUUGUAGUCUAUUAAAAUCACUACUUGAUUCUCAUAUAUCUUGUCAAUGGGAGAAUCAAAUUCUGGCUCAAAACAGACUCCAUUGUAAAACAAAUCAAACUACAUAAAACUGUAAUAUAGUAAAUAGAUAUAUGAUGAUUAGAUGUAAAAGACAAGUAUAUAACGGCAAUGUUUUGUACAUAAUAUUAUUAUGUAUGUGUGGUUUCACUUGCAAAAUUAUUUUAUCGUUUUAUCUACUGACUUUAUAUUGGGCAUGUUGGGGACUACAAAUUAGUUCAUGCAACAAGGCAAGAAUCGUGUCAAAAAUAAACUCAAUUUUGUGGAUUUCAUCUCAGCAUGUUUUAGAUGCUGAAUUAAUCUGCAAAAUUCAAUUUAUUUUUAAAAUAAUUUUAAUUGUGGUCUUCGCGAAUAAUUAAAAUGUACAAUGUUAUAUUAUAAAAUUUAUCAAAAUAAUGCCUUGUCCUUAAUGUGGUUUCAAAAAUGUAUGUUCAUUUCUAGUCCUAAACAUGUCCAAGUGUGCUAGUUUAAUACUUAGGUAAUGAAACUGUAAAUAUAUGGUUUCAGGAAUUCUAUUUUUAUUAUUGAACAUUACUAUAAGGCUACCCAAAGAAUGAACAAUUAUUAUGUUCCCAACAUAUUGUGCAUUUUUUAAUAAACUUCAAUCAUACAAAUAUACAGGAUUUUUUAUUUUAAAAACGUUAGAAGGUACUAACAAAUCAUCCUUACGUUAUUUAGUUAAUCAUUUUUAUGAUAUUACCACUCCUGAAAUUAAUUUUCGUGCUUUUUUUUCAGUCAGUUUCAUCCUAUAAAAUGUUUUAUUAUUUUCUCUCAUGACAGUAGAAAUUAGAACCACCGAAUGAUUGCCAUCAGACCACUAAUGUUAUACCAUCGCGCAAUAUUGUGUUCACAAAGUGACAUUUAUUUUACUUACAGAAUAUCUUCCAGAAAUGAUUUAGUGUUUUUUUUGCUUAUUUCUAUUUGAAUGUGUGUGUCUUGAAAUGUAAACUGUAGAUACAAAUCAGAUUUUUAAAUAAACUUGACCUCUAUUAUGUCUGUUACGUCCGAAAAGUUAUUAUUUUGCAUCAAAAAGGCAUGAAAUGAUGUCCUAAUAUUUUUUUUCGAAUAAAAAAGCACUGCCGAAUACAAAAAGGUUGUAUAAGUGUUUCAGAUUCGAUAGAAUUUCUAUUUUUAUAAAAAUAGACUUAAAUUAGAUUGUAGUUUUUGAUCGCAAUAAGUAUUAUUACGAGUGUAGAUGUGGGUGUAAGGGACAGUUUUAAUACUGGUUAAUUUAAAUGCCUUAAAAUUUAAAAUUGAAAGGUUUGGUUUUAAAUAAGUUUUCUCGUUGAACGAGAAAGCUAGAUAUUUCUAGGAAAAGCUAGAAUAUAGCAAUAGAAUUAAAGGCAGUAUUUUGACUGUCCCUGCUUGUAGUGUUGUCGUUGCGUUUCAAACAUUUAAUGUGGUAUCGAUAUUAAUAUAGAAUGUUUGAACAUAGAUUUGAUACAUACCGUCAGUUGCACAAAGGUCUAUUAAAGUUUCUCUAAAUCUAUAGCUGUCUAUUUCUUUGUCAACAAGAUAAUAAGUGAUAGCAAUAGAUUUAAUGAAGCUUUAACUUUUAUGGUGCAACCGACGGAUAGUCAAGAAAAUACUCUUAAGCAGAAAGCUCAAUAGAACCUUUGAGGAUUGUGUGUUCUAUACAUUUUUGAUGUUAGUAUGUAAAAUCUAUACUUUACCUAAAAGGAAGAGUGACUUCAAUUUGAUAAAACUUAUUGUACAGAAGUAGCGAAAUAUUGUUUGAAACUCAACGUUGUUAGGAAAUCAUUGUUUUCGUUUGGCUUAGUUAAGGUCUAGUUUAGUUUAAUUGAAUUGUAUAAAACUAUAAUGAUUAUAGAAACUGCAAAUUUUGAUAAAUAAAUCAUUGCAAUCCAA